AUGUCAGACUCUUAUGGGAUUCUGCCUGAUUCCUCGGGUGGACAGACAUUACCAUCGCGUUCCUACCUACCCCAUACCCAGGAGAAACCCUCAAGACCAGCAGAUCAAGAUGUGCCCCUGGUCGGAAAACCAGCUACGAAUGUACGAGCUCCCAGGCCAGCCGGCUUAACCUGGGCCCAGAUACAAAAUGUCGAGACGUCCCCAUCUGGAGAGUGCGACACUUCAAGGUCUAUGGCCUCCCAUAGCGGUCCGGUGUCUCCCAUCUCGCCAAUCAGCUCAUACGAAGCUCUGCGAACCCCCAGUGGACUCGAGCGACAUAAACACUCGUACCAGCAUCCUCCGUCUCCUGGAGCCUCUUCGCAAUUGCCUCCUCGAAUUCACUCCCCUGCUUCUCAAAUAUUUGAGCGCAGCGUUCAGGAGGAUAUCCUACCGGUUCAAGCUUCGCCGUCGAUCCCGGCGCACAUUCGCACGGAGAACUAUAUACCACCAGUUUUGGAGGCGUCUUCUGUCGCUAUCACCGACGAGCAACUGGAUCCAGACUCUGUUGAGAUUGUCACGCAUAGUCUGCAUCAGCCUGCCACGGGUGUUGCCACCACCUCAACUGCGGAGCAGUCUCUGGCGUCUUCCGGUAUUGUUGAGCCCACCGGGGCGCAUUCUACUGAUGUUGACGAUAUUUCUUCUUCCUAUGGCGCUUUGGACACAAGUGACGUUAGACGUCUGAGCUUCAUUUCGUUCGCGGAUGUCGUCAAUGCGGAGCAUGCAGAAACCGGGGAAUCGGCGUAUAGCCGAGAUCCUUCGCAAGGCGCGGUUAGCUCAGCAAACCCCAUAACCGCAAGCUCUCAUAAUCGCUCUCCAUCGCCUUUACGAUCACCCGCUUCUACUCAUGGGCUUGGAACUUCUCCUACAAGCAUUGCUACUUCGCAUAAGGGCCUCGAAAUGUCACCAAUUAAUGGAACGCGCGGCGCUGGAAGCCCGCUGCCACUAGCUCAAAGCCCGGUUUCCUCUAGCUUCGGCGGAGAAUUGAAUGUGGAAACUAUGCGGCAGGCUUUGAGGAGAACAGGAAGUGGUGAUUUAGGGGGGUCGGCGAGCCAGACUGCCAGUGCCAUUGGGAAUGACGAAGUGCUGGACCGUCCGUUCUGA